AUGAAUUCUGAUGAUGUCGAUGCCUCCCCAUUGGAAAGCCGCAUUGUCUCCGAUGAAAUAGCCAAUGAAUCUGUUCUCAGUGAACAGAGUGAAUUAUAUGGAGAGAUUAAACCCGCUCCUAAGAAAAGACAGGAACCUAAAUGCUUACCAGAAUUGUCCAAUAAGCUUGUGAUUCCAAAGAGAAGACAAGGAAAGAAUACAGAUCACAAGAAGGACGUUUCUCUGACAGAUUUUCAUGGGUCACAUAAAAUCCCAAUGAAGUCCAGGAAUUUCACCUCUCCAUUACCUAAACGAGUUCCUUCAUUAGGGACAUCACCAAUUCCAGAUCUAUCACCCUCUGGAUCGAGAGUGAAGAACAGAUUGAAGGCUAAAUACGGUAAUAUCUUGAGCAAUCGGACUACUCCUAUUGGUUCAUCGAGUCCGUUGACAUUACGUAGCUUUUCAAGCCCUCCGGCUGAACUACGGUCGAAUAAGAUUCCUCUUCAAGUUCGGCUUAAUCAGAUAUCCAAGUCUACAUAUGUUGGUGAAAGCGAUCGCCAAUUGAAGCGAGAAAUUCUCAAAUACCGCACAAUCUUGGACAAACUUGCAAAGAUUAAGCAACGAAGAGAACACAAAACUGUCGAUGACGUUGACCGAUUAGUGGAUAAAUGGAGAAAUACAGCAAUAGCAGCAUCUAACUAUAUGUUAAAUGAAGCUAGACUGAAAAUUAACAAAAUAGGAGGUAUAGAAGAAUACAGACGGAAACAGCAGGUUUCCAAGCUCAGAAAAUUGAAGUUCCAGUACGAUAAUAAUAUGCUUUCAGAAAUAGAGGACUAUAUGAAGUCAGAUGUCUAUAAAGUAUUGGAUAAGUACGAGAAGGAGCAAGUCCGGGAUAGAAAAAAGGAAAUAGAAAAGAUCUCUGAAGGAAUAGAAAGCGGUGAUUAUCCAGGAAGUGACAAGCAGCAGAAUAAUGACAACGAGUUUAGUAUGAGAGAACUCUAUGCACAGCUCCAUCUCGAUUAUGAAAUCGUGUACCCAGAUACCACCUAA